AUGGCUUCCACUGAGGAUCCCGUCGCUCCUGUCGCUCCCGCUGAGCUUGAGGCCGACAUCGCGCCCCCCGCGACUCCCGUCGAGUCCACCAUCCUCUCCGGGAGCGAGGGACCCCUGACCAGCCCCGAGGCCUCCAGGGACAAGGAAAAUGUCAAGGCAUCGCCGCUCAAGAAGAGCCCAACAAGCACUACCACCACUAGACGUCCGCUCUCGGGGACGACCGGCGCUACGAAACGGCCCAGCUCGGUCUCGGGACCUCCCAAGACUACAACUUCGACCUCGCGCACCGCCACGACCAAUGGGACCACCCUGAACAAGCCACCCACCCGGCCGACCAGUACAACCACUGUGCGCAAGCCCCUUGGCACUUCCACCACCACAAGCUUGCACCGGUCUCGCGCAUCCGUCAGUUCCGCAGACGAGAAGUCCCGGUCGGUGGCUAGUUCCGGCGACGAGAAGCGAGGAAUCUCCAGUGCAGCCAAGCGCAUGUCGCUGGCAGGGACCCCCGCCACUAGGGCCCCGGUCAAGUCCACCACUUCCACCUUGGAUCGACGCUCCAGCAUUGCGGGCUCUACUACGGCCGAGAAGAGAACUUCCACCUCUCGUCCCAGUACAGCGUCCACCGUGAAGCCACUCGCGAGGCCGCCUACCGCUACGUCGGCCUCUCGCCCGACCACCUCCUCAUCCGCCACGGCACGCCCGACCACCCGUCCCUCUUCCUUGGUCUCUAAGCCCGCCACGUCCACUGUGACCAAGCGCCUGAGCACUGCUCCCAAGAGUGCCGGAGAGGAUGCGGAGAAGAUCCAGUCCCUGCAGAACCAGCUGUCAGAGAGUGAAGCCACGGUCUCUAAACUCAAGGCGGAUCUGGACACGGUCAACAUCAAAUUAACCGAAUUGUCGUUGGCUCCGAAUGACACUGCUACCCAGGAUAUCGACGAGGCCACCAGAGCGCUGCGAGAGCAACAUACGGCGGAGAUCGAGAAGUUGACGACCACGCAUGAGGAGCAGCUGCAGGCCCUGCGGGUCCAGCUUGAAGAAGCGGAGGUCAAGCACAAGGAGCUCGAGGAGAAGUCUCUGAAGGAUCUAGAGGAGGCGGCUCAGAAAGCUGCCGCCGCUGGAGACGAUGAUACCGCUGGUGCCUUGGAAGAACUGAAGCAGACCCAUCAGGCUCAAUUGGAAGCGCUCGAGAAGGAGCUGGAAUUGCAAAAGGCUGCGGCUGCUGGAUACGCCGAGCAACUCGAUACCUUGAAGGCCGAGUUGGAGUUGCAGAAGAGCCACUACACGGAGGUCACCCAAGCCCUGGAAGCUAAGGCCACCAAGCUUGACGAUCUUCAGCGAGAAUUGAACGGCCGGGACCAAGUGGUGGAAACCUUGCACAUGGAAAUGGAUCGCCUGAACCAUGCUAAGCAACAAGAGGCUCGGGCGGCCGAGGAGGCUGCCAAGCAAACCAUUGCUGCCCUGGAGGACAAGGUUGCCUCUCUCGAAACCAAGCUGGUCGAGGCUGGAUCGGUCACCGACCAAAGUGGUGAGGAGACGGCUGCCCGUCUGGCUGAGAAGGAUCAAGAAAUCGCCGAUCUGAAGGAAGCCCUCACGAAAGCUCAGGAUGAACUUGAACAAGCCCGCGAGUCUGUGGAGAUCGCGCUAGCCGAGAAGAUCAAGGAGCUCGAAGCUGUCCACGAGGCCGCGAUUGCCAAACUUCACUCCGAGCAUCAGGAGAUUUUGGAAAAGACGCAGGAUGAGCUGCAGCAGGCACGCGACGCUACCGAGACAGGCUUGGGAGAGAAGGCCAAAGAGCUCGAAGCUCAACACCAGGUCGUCAUCAGCCAGCUCCAGCUCGAGCAUGAAGAAACCCUCAAAGAGGAAGCCGAGGCCGGCUUGAGCGAAAAGUCCAAGGAGCUUGAGGCUGCCCACGAGGCUACGAUCGCCAAGCUCCAAUCCGAACAUGAAGAAACUCUUUUGAAGGUGCAGGCUGAGCUUGAUCAAGCACGCAAUGGCACUGAGUCCGGCCUGGGAGAAAAGGUCAAGGAGCUCGAGGUCGCGCACGAGACUGCGGUUGCCAAGCUUCAGUCUGAGCAUCAAGAGACCCUUGAAAAGGCUGCAGUUGCUAAAAUUCAAUCUGAACAUGAGGAGACAGUCUCCUCUCAUUCUGCUACCAUCGCCGAACUGAAGGCGAAGCACGAGGAAGCGCUCGCUUCUGCUGCUGCUGCCCAUGCACAAGAGCUUGCUGCUGCCAAGGAGGCGGUCGAGUCUGCAGGCACCACCCACUCUCAAGAACUUCAGGAGCUCCGGGACAAACUCCAGGCUUCCGAAGCCGCCCACGAAGCCGCAACUGCAGCGGCGCAGGAGGACCGCGAGGAAUUACUUGCCGAGCUCGAUGCUGCGCAUCAGGCUGAGUUGAAUGCCCUCCGACACCGGUUGGAGGCCACCGAGCAGAAUCUCACUGAGGUCCGACAGGCUCUGGACGAUGGUGCUAACUCGGCUCAGGACCUAGCCAUCCAGGAGAUUGAGUCUCUCAAGGAGAAGGUCGGGGCCCUCGAAUCGCAACUGUCCACCGGCCAGGGCGAGAUCAAGUCCCUCCAGGAUGCGAUUCAAACCAAACAGGGACAGGCCGAAGCCCUUCAGCAGAGCCUGGACGCUUUCGAAGACAAGACCAAGGCUAAGGAUGCCCAGCAGCAGAGCCAGCUGAAGUCUUUGGAGGAAGCUGCUAUCGCUGCCGGCAAGGAGCUGGAAGACAAGGCCAAAGAGGCCGCUGCUAUUGCCGAGCAACACGCACAAACCCUCGAAUCUAUCCGGGCCGAACAUGCUGUUGAACUUGACAAGGCUCGGACGGACGUUUCUGGGAAUCAGGAGCAGGCACUUGGUGAGCUUCAGGCCAAAUAUGAGGAAUCUGUGGCUCUUCUGCGUGACCUGGAAUUCAGACACGCCCAGCAGAUGGAAGCUCUCCAGGCCGAGCUCAACACGGCCCUUCAGCGCCAUGCCAACGAGAUCACCUCCCAGGCUGAGGUUCGCGCCCAAGAAAUCGCGGAGCUCCAGAAGCAGCACGAGGAAACCCACAAACAACUCCAGGCUGAGCUGCAGGCCAGCCAGACCUCCAAGGCUGCCGAGUCGGAUGCAGAGCAUAGCAAGGCGAUUGAGCAGCUCCUGACCAUUCAGGAGGAAAAGCUUUCCAACCUCCGUGCUGACCUCGAGUCCACAAACCGGGCUAAGAUUGAAGAGCUACAGAAUGCGCACGACUCGACCCUGGCGGAAGUUCACGCUCAGCUCGUGGAGGCUCAAGCUGCGGCUCAGGAUGCUUCCCUUCUGGAGAGCCUGAAGCUGACCAUUGCCGACCUCCAGAACCAGCUGACGGAAGCCGAGCGGUCUGCUGCGGUGAGUGGUGAGCUCGCUGGCAAGCACAGCGCCGACCUUUCCAAGGUCGAGGCCGAGAAACACGAGUUGGAAGAGAAGCAUCAAGCCGUGUCGGCGCGCGUCGAAGAGCUUGAGAAGACCUUGGUGGCUUCGCAGAGCGCAAGAACGGAGUUGGAGGCGGUCCUGCAACAGCUUGCCGCAUCCAACUACGAACUGUCGCAACUCAAGAGCCAGCACGAGACUCUGACGGGCGAGCUCGAGCAGUUCCGCUCGCAGAACCGGAGCAUGGAAGAGCGCGUUCUUCAGGGUGAACGAGACCUGAACAGCCAGAUCGACAAGAACAUGUCGCUCCUCAACCAGCUGGGAGAGGUCGACUCAAUGAUCUCGGCCAGCCGCAAGCGCACGCGAGAACUGGAGGCGGAAGUGGCGGCGCUGAAGGCCGAGCGGGACAGUGCCAAGGGCUCGUCGGUUGGCCUGGAUGGCAGCCGGUGGGCUGGAGAGACCCUUGCCAGAGAAGACGGUGGUUCCACCGCAGUCGAAGGUGAGGACCUUGGUUCAUCUAUUCAGGGAACGAUGGCCAGCAUCCAAGAGCAGCUUAAGCACAUCCGUACCACUAAUGACGAUUGGUAUGACGAGCACCGACGAAUCCUUGGCGAAUUGGCCGAGUUGUCUCGUCGAGCGACGCCUAACCCUCCGAGUCAGUCGACGACACCGCAACCCGAGAAGGCGAACGGCUCGAGCAGCAGUUCGGACGAGCAAGGGGUUGAGGAAGGAUCCUCGUGA